AUGGGAGAGCUUGACAGUGCGUUUUCUUGCUCUAGUCUCUUAUGUCAAGAAACUGAAGAAGCUUGUUUUUUUCAAGAAGAUGAUGAAAGUGUUUACUUGAACUAUUGUAAAUCGUGUUUUGUUUCACAAGAUGAAGAUGAGUAUAUCUUAAAAUUGUUUCAAAGAGAAACUGACGUGGGAUUCAAAAAUAAUACAUGUUUCAGUGAUUGUCCAUUUACCAGUAAAAGCUGGCUGGAAUGUGCUCGCUUGAAUGCUAUUGAAUGGAUUUUCAAUACAAGAGCAACCUUUGGGUUCCAAAUUCAUACAGCUUAUCUGUCUGUGACAUACUUCGAUCGAUUUAUUUCGAAGAAAUCAAUUGAUGAUGGAAAAUUGUGGGCUAUUCGAUUGUUGUCCGUGGCAUGUUUAUCAUUGGCAUCAAAAAUGGAAGAAUGCAGAGUACCUGCUUUAUCAGAAUUUACUAUAGAAGAUUAUCAAUUUGAGAAUAAAGUGAUUCAGAGAAUGGAGAUAUUGGUACUUAGCACCUUAGAGUGGAAGAUGGUUUCUGUCACACCUUUUGCUUAUUUGCAUUAUUUUAUCCGUAAAUUUUAUGGUGAAUCUAGGCCUAAAGGAUUAGUCUCCAAAGCUCUGGAACUUAUCGUGGCUAUGAUAAAAGAAAUCAGUUUGGUGGAUCAUCGACCAUCUAUUAUUGCUGCAGCUGCAGCGUUAGCUGCUUCCAAUGGUCGAUUAACAAGAAAGGCAAUGGAGCUCAAGAUGGAUUUCAUUUCAUUGUGGGGAUCUCUAGAAAAUGAACAUAUAUUUUCCUGGUAUAAUAUGAUGCUAGAAAUAGAGAUGAGAAGAUCUAAGACACCAAAGUUUGUUAUUUCCUCAAAUUAUUCAUCAGUACAUUAUGCUCUUGAGAAAUCUUCUGAGGAUUCUUCUGCUGUCAGUACUGGAGCUGGCACUAAGCGAAAACUUAAAUUCAAUGAGUCUGAUCAAAAUAGCCUGGCAAGGAAAAUCUGUCGGCCCUAAUGAAUGGAGUUUGAUACUCUUUAGUGAUAGGAUUGACAGAAAAAAAAAUUGGAUUAUUUGCUUACAAGUCUAACGAGUGUUUUCUGCCAUUUCAUUAUGAUUUGGUGUUGAUGAUUGAAGAUUCCAUUUUCCAACAACAAACAAAAGUUUUCAGCCUGUGACAACCAAGAAGAUAGAGAAAAGUUAAAAGUAAAUAAAUAAAAAGGGAUAGCUUUAUCCUACAGUAAGAAGUCAGAAGCUGACUGAAAGUCCGAAUCCGAAAGCCAUUAAGCAGGAAGUGAUGCCAGGAGAAUGCCAGCAGGCAAUUGAAGACUGUCUGUUGAUAGUCGUUUUCUGUACUGUUUG